GAAUGUAUUUGUGCAUUUGUGUGCUCUGUCAGUGAGACACCGUACGACAGUUGUUAUUCUUGAAGGUGCACGUAAGCACUUGAUCACAGCGGUCAGUGUCAAUUAGAAUAGAAAUUUUUUUUUUUUUCAAAUUUAGAACAAAGUCUCAUUAAAAAUGGUCACAGUUAAAGGUCGUAAGUCUUCGAAUAAGAAUCCACCGAUUCUCAGUCAUGAAUUUAUCAUUCAGAAUCAUGCUGACAUUGUAUCGUGUGUGGCUAUGGUCUUCGUUGUGGGUCUCAUGGUGCAGGUAACGUCACCAUGGGCCUACACUUUUAUUGCUAUUCAUCAUAAUGCAACGACAGUCCCAGAAUCUACAGAUGGUCCAAUUUUACCGUUAAAAUAUACAACUGGUUGGAAAGAUAUUUGUGCUGUAUUUUUCUACUUUCUUAUAACAAUUGUUAUGCAUGCUGUUAUUCAAGAAUAUAUUUUUGACAAAAUCUCAAAACGUCUUCAUUUGAGCAAGAGUAAACAUUCGAAAUUUAAUGAAUCUAGCCAGCUAAUUACAUUUUACAUUUUGUCUGCCGCUUGGGGUAUCGACAUUAUAAUGAGGGACAAUCUUUUGGUAAACAUUACAUCUCUAUGGGAAGGCUAUCCAGGAUCUAUGUCAUUUUCUCUAAAAUUAUUCUUCAUUGCUCAAUUGGCUUAUUGGUUACACAGCUAUCCUGAACUAUACUUCCAACGGGCAAAGAAAGAAGAAAUUCUACCAAGAAUUGUUUUAGCGACUUUUGGACUUUUCUUUUGCGCUGCCGCUUAUAUUCUCAAUUUCCAACAUGUUGGUGUAAUUCUUUUGGUAUUGCAUUAUGUAGGAGAAGCUCUUCAACAUGGAGCUCGACUCGUACAUUUUGUGUCUCACAACGAAAAAACAACGCAAUUGGCAUUUUUGGUAGCAAAUGCUGCUUUUGUUUUUGCGAGACUUGCAACUGUGGCUCUAAGUGGUCUAGUAUUUUUCUACGGACUAGGACAAAUUGAAAGAUCACUUGACUACACAAUGGGAAAAUUCAAUAUUCCAGCUGUUCAAUUUGGUGGUCUUGGCGCUAUUUUACUUUUCCAAGCCUAUCUCUUUUAUAGCUUUAUCAAAAGGCAAAUGAAAUUCUCACGUGAAAACAAAACACAAGUUGUCUCGAAAGGAAAAUCUAAGCAAAAGCCAAGGAAGAAGGACGCAAAGGAUGGCAAAAAGUCUGAGGAUGAUGAUUUGCCAGAGGUAGAUCAAGCAACAAAAAAGAAUUUGAGAACCCGAUAUUCAGCGAAAGCAAAAUAAACGUUAAGUGAUAUCAAUGUUUGAAAGGCUGACGACUCUUUAUAAUAAAUAGUUAUAAAAAAAACCAGCUGCAGGUCCUGAUGGAUUAAAAAGUACAAAGUUUCAGGACGAUGAGUCAACUUUUAUAUAUUAGAUUCCUUAUUGUAAAUUCAACGGUGUUAACAUAAGCAGCUGUACAUGAAAGACGAGUCUAAUUUUAAAUCUCAGGAAGAAAAUAAAAGAAGAAGAAGAAGAAGAAUGCACUCUAUUGAUAUGCAAGUGCUAAUUUUUGUAUGUUAACGAUAUGAUGGAAGUGGAGAGUAAAAUUUUUAUAAAGCUUGACACAAUAAGAAGAAAAUAACAAAGAUGAUUUUUUUAUCAAAAUGAGGAAAUUCUUUCGUGAGAAGGAAUUUUUUUUUUUUUUUAAUAGAAUGUUACAUGCGUGACAGAUAUUGAUUAUAUAGAAUUGAAUGGAGAGAUUUUUAUAUGUUAACAAAUUUUUGAAAGAAAUAAUUCACAAAAAGAGUGUGUAUUUGAGAUGACUUAGAUUGAAACUAUAUAUAUAUAUAUUUACAAACUGAUUAUAUUUUUGUCUACAUAGUUAGACUUGAAAACUUGAGAGAUUGUAUUAUAAGAUAUUAAAUUAUUUAAAUAAUUUUAGACAAAUUUAGCGAGUGAGCUUAAUAAUUGCGAAUAAUGAAAGAGCUGAUUAAUUAGUCAAUAUUUUAAUUUUUAUUCAAUCAUUUUCAUAAUGUAUUUCUCUAUUCAAUGUAAGUAUAGUUUUUAAAAUAAAACUUUUAUCCUGGUUGGAAAA